CAUUAUCCACAUGUGUGGCCUUGAGUAAAUUAUUUAACCCCUUUGAACCCUGGCUUCUUUAUUUAAAAAGAGGAGACAAUUCUCUUACCUCACAGGGAGGUAGGAGAAUGCCUCUACCUGGCACCUACUAGGGUUUUCCACAAAUGGGAGUUUCCUCCUCACCCUCCACCCCUGCCACACACAUACUCCUUGGAGACCCAGCCCUGCUGCUGUCACAAAUUUCAGUGAUGUCACAGCCUCCCUCCCUGGAAGCUCCAGCACAGCCCUCCUGACAGCCAGCCUGAGUGCUGGCCGAACUGAGAGGGGCAGGGUGCAGGUGGUGCCUGAUUCCAGUCUUGCCCCAGAUAUCUGUCUUUGAGGCCUCACGGCCCCAGUAUGAGUCCAUCAGCAAGGAAGAGGCCCAAGAAUAGAAUGGUUUCCAAGCUACAAGAUGAAGAACCACGGGACAAGAUACCGCAACCUGUCAGCAAAGCAAUUAGGCGGAACCGACUUAAGAUGGUAUUAAAAAACUUGUCGCUCUUGAAGCUGCUCAAGAGCUCAAACCCCCGGAUCCAAGAACUGCAUAACUUGGCCAAAAGGUGUUGGAAUUCGUUGCUCAGAGUUCCGAAGAUCCUUGGGAUCUCCACCAGGAGCAGUAAUGUCUGCGAUAGAGUGGAACAAGAUAAUGAAGAGCUCCAAGAGGCUGGGUGCCCCGAGAAGACACUGGAAUCCAAGAAAUUACAGUCCACGGGGGAGCUCAAGCAGGGGUUGGGGGAGAGGAACAAGGCACAGGAGUCACCUGCAGCAGUGCUCCAGGGCAAAGAGCAGAUGGAGCCUGAGCUCCCAAGGACAUCGAAGGAUCAUGGCCUGACCGCUUUCCCUGGAGCCCAGGGAAGGCAAUCACCUAAAGGAGAACCCCGCAUCAUCUUCCUGAAGACCUACCAGCACAAAACUCCCAUGGGGGACAAGCAGCAGCUGGAGGCAGCUGACCAGUGGAUCUGGUUUGAGGGGUUGCCCACCCGAAUCCACCUCCCCGGGCCUCGGGUGAUGUGCAGAUCGUCCACCCUGCGCUGGGUCAAGCGCUGCUGCACGCGCUUCUGCUCUGCGUCACUCGAGCUGCCCAUGUGCCAUCCGUACAGAGUGUGACGACACCACUGCCAGGCCGGGGUGAGACCUGGGCCCAAGGGAGGCCUGGAGAUGGGUCCCGGAGUCAGGGGCUCAUGAUCCAGACUCUUGGGGACUGGCUAGCAGUGCUGGGGGGGCUCCUCCUGCAUGCCCAGAGAGUAGGGGGGAAGCCAUUGACCAAGGCCACAUGGCAGGGA